AUAGCCUCGCCAGUCGAUUGCGAAACAUGAAAGCGGCGAAAAGUGGCGACAGGAUGGCGUAUCCAUGGAUUAAAAUGAGGCCCCUGUUGAUGCUGACACUAUUAUUGGUCAUUUUCUUCAGCUACUGCCUGGCCGGCAAGACGACCACCAUCGUUAGCCACACAGACACCCUCGAUCCGCAGGCCGAUGGCUUCUGGGCCAACAAGACGACGUGGAACGCUCGCUGGGUAAAGUACUGGCGGGCCAAGAAGAUCUACGAGCCGGUGUGGAAAAAGGUCUGGACACCCACCAUUCACAACGAAUGGGUGCCAUUGCCCAAUGUGCCCAAUGAAUGGGAGGCGGAAAAGGAUCGCUCCUACAAAUAGCAAUGAGACUGAAAACAUAGGCUAAGAUUAUUUAUGGUUUAGUUGUUUAUAUUUUAUUUUGUAUUCACUGGUAAUUAAAGUCUAGAGAUAAUUUAAA